AUGACCCCGUCUCUAAUGACCCGGCUGCUGCGAAAGCCCAAGAUCGCCAUUGUUACUGUAUUCGUUUUAAUAUUCUUUUCAAUACUUAUGAGCUUUAAUAGUGGAUUACCAACUACAAUACCUACCUUGUUCCCAGGCCUUGCAGCGUCGCCAUAUUACUCUAAAGACGAAUCCCACUAUUAUUCAUGGAAAACGCCGUCAUUUUUCCCGCCUUUGAAAAGUCCACCACCUAGGACGCCUAAGACAAAGGCAGCUGAACUAUGCGGAGGCUUUCCUACCCACCUUAAAGAUAGUAUUCAGGUCAUAUUAAAGACUGGAGCUGGCGAAUCGGCCAAGACCAAAGCCCACAUCUCCACGGUCACUUCUUGUAUAAGUAACCUCCUAAUCUUCUCGGACCUGGAAGAGCAAGUGAAAGGUCACCGGUUCAUCGACAUCCUCGCAGACCUACCCUCAUCGUACAAUGACAGCCCCGACUUUGCCACUUACUCGGCGCAGAAGCAGGCGCACUCGGAAGGAAACGCUAUCGGUUACUCCGCUGAUGGCUGGAAACUAGACCGCUUCAAGUUCCUUCCAAUGGUCGACAAAGCCUACGAAAUGCGCCCAGACGCCGAGUGGUACGUUUUCAUCGAGGCAGAUGUGUAUUACUUCUGGGACACUCUUUUCCGCCUACUCCAUCAAUUGGACCCGUCCAAGAUACAUUACAUGGGAUCCCCCGCGCCCGGGGCGGACGGAAACUUCUUCGCAUAUGGUGGCGCCGGAUUUGUAUUAUCGCGCGGCCUGAUGCAGCAGUUGGUUGGAGACUCUACUCGACUAAGCAUUCUCUACGGAGAGUAUGUCAAGAAUGACUGCUGUGGCGAUGCCGCACUUGGCUACGCAAUCAGGAAUAAAACGGGAGCGCCACUAGAGGCACUCUACCCUACAUUUGCCGGUGACGAGCUUAUCGGCUUGAAAGUGGACGCAGAGAGAUGGUGCAUACCUUUACUUGCGCUUCACAGGGUAUCGCCGGAGCAGAUGACGUCGCUUUGGGAGUGGGAGCGUACAAGGCCAUACAAUCAGUAUCCUUUGACCCACUCCACGAUUCUCGAUUUUACCUUCUCAAACAUUCCCGAUUCUCCUGUACGAGCCUCGUGGGACAACCUCUCUCCCGAUGUCCAACCAGACGGCUCAGCUGCGCACAUUUCUGCUUCGGCAUGCGCUGAAAGUUGCGCAACCAACAGACUCUGUCUUCAGUAUUCUUAUAUGGCCAGGGUAUGCAAAUUUGGAAAUUUCAUCCAGCUCGGACGACCGAUAUCGGAUGCCGAUUCACUCUCUGGCUGGGAUAUGAAGAAAAUGGCUCGAUUGGGAUAUCAAAAGGAUCCGAGGAAGAGCAGUUCUUGCAAGCAUGCCACUUGGCUCAAGCCUGAAAUUCGGUAA